AUAAAAUCGUACCGUGAGAUUCUUGCUCCAAAAUAUCAUUCGGGACAAAAUCGUAAAAUCAUGAAGUGCCUGUUUACAAUCCUCUCCCUCGUUGUUGCUGUCUCGACCAUCCAGGAAUUCGAAGUCACGGAUGAGGUGUAUUUCGAUAUCAUGAUAGAUAAUCAUCCAGCUGGAAGGAUUGUUAUCGGCCUGUUCGGUGAAAUAGCGCCGAAGACGGUGAAGAACUUUAUCACUCUUGCUACUACUGGCGUAGAAGGAAAAACAUAUAUAGGAACCAGAUUUCACAAAGUGAUAAAGAAAUACUUAAUCCAAGCUGGCGAUGUUGAAAAAACCGAUGGCUAUGGUUCUAUUAGUAUCUAUGGAAAGUACUUCGAAGAUGAGACCUUCGAAGUGAAACAUACUGUACCAUUAUUCGUCAGCAUGGCGAAUAUUGGAAGAAACACCAAUGGCUGUCAAUUUUUCAUCACUACCGUAACAGCGCCUUGGUUAGAUGGCUUUCAUACAUCAUUCGGGAAGGUAGUUAGCGGUGAAGCAAUAAUCUACAAAAUAGAACAGGUCAAAACGGAUAAUGAUAAUAAUCCACUGAUACCUGUAGUUAUCUACGAUUGCGGUAUUCUGCGAACGGUGGAACCGUACAUCAUAUCAGAUAAAACUUACGAUUACGAUAUGUGGGCAUGGAUAAAAGCAACUUGCGUGCCAUUGGGAUUCAGCUUACUGAUACUCGCAUUCUUCCAUUAUAUGAUGAAACAAUUGGAUGUUUAACUAUGAACGAUCUUAAAAUUAAAGACUGAUUGAAAUAAAAAAAAAUAUGUUUUAAUCUCCUU